AUGUCUUCGGCGACGGCGAAUCAGCAGCACAAGAACCUGCUCGGCCAUUGCAUCGCUGAUGGUCGUCUCGAGCUUGUGCAGGUGCUCGGUCUUGGUGCGUACGGUGUCGUCUACCUUGCGCGCGACCUUCAUCACCACCAAGGCGCCUACGCCUCUACCUCCUCCCACCAAGCUUCCGCCUCGCUCGCCGCCGCCAAACAGGGCCAUGCAUCUGGCUACUACGCUGUAAAGUGUCUCAACAAGGUGGGCCUCGAUGCUCGCCAGCGCGCCUUCCAGCGUCGUGAGAUCAUGCUCCACACUAUGUCGUCUAGCCACCCCAACGUUGUCACCCUCCACCGUGUCAUCGACGACCCACAAGACCCUUGCGUCUAUGUCGUCCUCGACUACUGUCCCGACGGCGACCUCUUCAGCAUGAUCACAGAAACUCAGCGUUACAUGCUGCCCAGCUCGGUCUCUCGCGCCGCCGAGGAGCAAGGCAUUGACGUCGCCUUCACCAGCGACCGUCUCAAGAUGGACGCACUCAUCCGCGACGUCUUCGACCAGAUCCUCGACGCCGUCGAGUUCUGCCACCAGAUGGGCAUCUACCACCGAGACCUCAAACCUGAGAACAUCCUCUGCUUGCGCGGUGGUGCAAAGGUGGUGCUCGCCGACUUUGGUCUUGCGACAGGCGACAAGUCGAGCUCCGACUUUGGAUGCGGCAGCACCUUCUACAUGGGGCCCGAGUGCCAGGGCGGCAUCACUCGCCGCCUCACCAGCUACAACACGGCCGCCAACGACGUUUGGUCGCUCGGCGUCAUCCUCGUCAACCUCAUCUGCGGUCGCAACCCGUGGAAGCAGGCCUGCCCCGCCGACGACACUUUCCGCGAGUAUCUGCGCAACCCCGACUUUCUGAAAGAGAUCCUUCCCAUCUCGGAAGGCGUCAACUCGAUCCUCAAACGCGUCUUCACCUUCCGCGCCGAAGCUCGAUGCAACAUCGCCGACCUCCGAAAAAUGAUUCGCAGCGUCGACCGCCUCACCGCCACGACCGCCGAGGUCAAAGCUCGCCAAGAAGCCGCCCGUCACGCCGCCGCCCAAGCGCAUGCCGCUCGUCAAGCCGAGAAGGUCGCCGCUGCUGCCGCCUACCGUGAGCAGCAGCACAAGCACCAGUCUGCCCUCGAGGCUGCUCGCGCUGCUCAUGCCCAGGCUUACGCACCCGCCGCCGAUGUGGUCCGCCAAGUCGACGCCGUGCGCAAGCCUGAAUGUGCGCGUGCUCGCUACCAGCCGCAGGUGGCCACACUCGACCAGAUCGCUCAACCAGUCGUCUACGCCGAUCACGGCUACGCACCGCACGCCGACAUCGACGCCGACGCCAUCACCGACGCAGCGUCGUACGACACCUACUCGGACUCGGAGCUCGACAGCAGCAGCUGCGAGGGUGACGGCUCCUUCUCGCCAUCCGAUGCCCCGGAUGAGUCGACGCAAGGUCACUCCUCGUGCGAGCAGGCCGAUGUUGACUGGUCUCGUCAUCCUAUUGCCGCACCUGCCGACGGUCGUCUCCAACACCGGGGCGCCUCGAACCUCACCAGCAUGAGUGAUGUGCACGCACCUCAGAAGCCUUGCCUCGGUGUCACGAUCCCUACCCACGCUGCCAUCGCCUCGCCGCACCGAUCCGACCACAGCUCGGCCGCCAUGGAUGACCGCGAAGGAUGCUCGGACGACUGCUCGAGCCGCAGUGGCAGCGGCGAGUCUCGUCGCAGCUCGGCUUCCUACACGGGCCUGCCACCUACACCUCAGUUUGUGCCUCACAACGUCGAGGAGGCUACGAUCGCAAGGAACGGUGCAGCCUACUCUCCCACACCGGCGAGCAAGCGUGUCCACAUCAACGGUACAUAUGCAGACCUUAUGCACGACGGGCUUGUCACGGCCGAGGACAAGACGUCCACGAGGAGCCUGGCUGCGCGCUGGCUUCAGAGCCGCUGGGAGCAGGACCAAGACGCGGAUGUGCUUGCUGGGCUUGCACAACCCGCCGCCAAAUACCAGGCUGCUCAAGCUGGCGUGGUCGACUGGGACCCGCGCCAAGGCGAUCGACACUUUGGCAGCAUGCCCACCAGGCGUCUCCAGCACGCUCAGCCGGCUGGGGCUCGCGGCGCCAUUCCUACCUACCGCAGCAAUGCCUCGCUUGCUGCUACCCAGCAGUACGUCGCCGAGGCGGCACGGUACUCUGAACGUCACUAG